CACCAGUGCCAGCAGCCUGGGGGCACAGCCAGGGUCCUUGGGCACUGGGGCCACCACUGCAGGGGCACAGCCAGGGUCUCCUGGUACUGGGACCACCGUCACGGGAGCACAGCCAGGGUCCCCUGGCACUGGGGCCACCGUCACAGGGACACAGCCUGCACCUCCAGGGGUCCAAGCAGGAGGUGCAAGGGUUCAGCCAAGACCCCUUGGCAGCAGACCCAGCCUUUCUGAUACUCAGAUGGCCCCCCCUGAAGCCAGACUCAGUGCUCCAGGGGCACGGACCGAUGCUCCAAGCCUUGAGGGUGGCCGUGAGGCUUUGUCCAGCAGACAGGGUGCCCCAGCAGGCUCCCCUGCAGUCCAGCGUGGCCCCUUGACAGCAGACUCCACUGCAACAGCCCACCAGCCUGAGAUCCCCUCUGGCACAGACACCAGGCCCACAUCCUCUUUGCAAGAGAGGACCACACCAGCCAUGCCCUGGGAGUCUUCGGGCUCACCUAGCGCCUCCAGCCACCAUGCAGAGCUGGGUGAGGCUCUCCAUCAGGUCGGGCAGCUCAGCAGCCUGUACGCAGCCUUGAAGGAGCAGGUGGCCCAGCUGGAGCUGACCAAGUGUGACCGAGCCGAGCUCGAGAAGCUGCGUCCGCUCUUUCUGGAAGCAGACCAGAAGAGCAGCCCCAGCAUCCUAGGUGACCUCCUGGACCAGGUGGCCUCCCUGCAGACCGUGGCCAAUGACCUGCAAGGGGAAAAGGCGAAGAUCAAACAGCUGCAGAACGUCAUCGAAAGGAUGGCGGUGGCAGGAGCUGACCAGAAAGUGGAAAGCACCAACCAGAUAAACCUGCAGUUAGGUAAUCUCAGGUCCAUGGUGCAGGAGAUAGAGAAGGAGCUGAAGGAGCUGAGAGAGAAGCAGGACGGGGCCAAAGCCAAACUGGAGCAGUCGGUGACCGAUGCGGCUGACCACUUGCAGGAGCAGCUGGACAAGCUGAGGUCUGUCAUGGAGAACAUGAUGGCUUCAUCUUCAGCCUUGCUGUCAAUGAGCAUGCCAGCGAGCCCGGAGCUGAGGCAAGCAGAGGCGCAGGCCACGUGUCCGGCCUGCAGCCUGGACGUCAGCGAGCAGGUCAAGCAGCUCUUCCAGCGCUACGAGCAGCUCCAGCACUUGGUUAACUCCUUUGUGGCGCGGCAGGCAGAGAUCAAGGCGGUGAGGCAGCUGCCAGCGAGGAGCCAGGACGAGGAACUUCUGAAGCACAUCCAGGCCACCAUCCUGCAGGUGCAAGAAGACUGCGAGAAGCUCAACUCCGUCACGGGCGAUCUUGUGGAUGACCAUCGCCAGAAGCAGAAGGAUAUUGAGGCUCUGUUCCAAUCCCUGGAGAAGUUGGAAAAGGAGAAAGCAGACAAGGAGGAUCUGGUGACAGAAAUCAACGUGAAAGCAGAUAAAGCUGCCCUGGCUGGCAAAGUCAGUCGCAUCCAGUUCGAUGCAACCAUGGAGCACCUGAAUAAAAUGAUUCAGGACAUGCUGGACAGGAUCACGGGUCAGGAGCAGGACUGGCACCAAAUCCAACAAAAGCUCAUUGAAGAGAUGGACUCCAAGCUGGACCGCCUGGAGCUGACGCCGUUCCGCCAGCGGCUGGGGGGGCGCUGGAAAAGCCUCCUGAAGCAGCUCCAGGAGAAGGCACCGCGGAUGGAGGCUGAUGACGCGGCUGGAAUUAGGAAGCAGCUGCUGGCUCACUUCCACUGCGUGUCCUGCGACAGGUCCCUCAACAUGCUGGUGCCUGGCCC